AUGUCUGAAGCUCACGAUCCUGCGAAACUCCAGGACUACCACGUUCACAAUAUCACCUACAAAGUUGUCGCUGGACAUAACAUUGAGCUAUCCAUUGUGGUGCCCAAGGCUUUGGUAGAUAAAGGCGUCAAGGUGUCCAAGAAGUUCCCGAUAAUUGCCGAGUUCCACGGCGGCGCUCUCGUGUCAGGAUCGCGGUUGUACUCGCCUUGGCUGUCAACGUGGCUUCUCGAGCUCGCUCAGCUGAAGGGCGCAAUUUUGAUUUCCCCGGACUAUCGACUCCUUCCGGAGGCAAAUGGAUUGGACGUUCUUGAAGACUUAGCGAGCUUCUGGUCUUGGUAUUCUGAGCAGUUCGAAUCCACUCUAGCCAACCUUUAUCCCGGUCUCAACAUCCAACCGCACUUUGAUCAACUCCUAAUUCACGGCGGUAGCGCAGGUGGUUACUUAGCCGCUCAAAGUGUGCUUCUGCAUCCCGAGGUCAAUGCGAAAGCGGUUAUCAUGUCAUACCCGAUGAUUGAUCUACGGGAUGAAUGGUGGUGGAAGGACUUCGAGCGGCCAGUCUUUGGAAUGGCUGAAAAUGUCCCUAUCGACGUUUUCGAGCAACAUGUGAAGAAUAUGACCCCUGGUACAGUGGUCAGCAGUGAUGGAGCCCCAGAUAGAGCCGUUGCUCUCUCUCGCCUUCCACUUGCGCUCAGCAUUAUUCAACAUGGGAAGUUCCUUGAAUAUUACGGGGACGAUACGAAGCUCUUCCCUUUGGAAAAUUUGCCUCGAGUACAUAAAUUGCCUCCUUUUGUUUGGGUGAUGCAUGGCAAGCAGGAUUGCUUAGUGCCAUUCAAGGAAAGCGAGCUUUUGGUGAAGGAAAUCCAAAAACAUCAUCCUGAUGCCAACUUGAGAUUCGAUGCGCACGACGGCGACCAUGGAUUUGAUAACCAGGCCGGCAUCAGUAUCUCAUCUGGGUGGAUGAAAGAGGGUGCCGCGGAGUUACUCAAGCAUUGGUAA